UUUGAGUUCUGUAGUUUCAUGGAACAAUCUCUUGUGAAGGCUUUGUUGAAGAACACUAACAAUCCGAGAUUAGCAUGGAGAAUCUUCAAGAGGAUUUUCUCUUCUCCUUCAGAAGAAAGCCAUGGCAUUUCUUUAGCUGCGACUCCUACCAUGGCUUGUAUCCUGGUUCGAGCCAAAAUGCACGAAGAAAUCGAAGAGCUUCACAAUCUUAUACUCUCUUCGUCAAUUCAAAAGACGAAACUUUCCUCUCUUCUCUCUGUUGUCUCAAUCUUUGCGAAAUCGAAUCACAUUGACAAAGCGUUUCCGCAGUUUCAAUUCGUACGGUCGCGGUUUCCUGAGAACAAACCUGGGAUUUAUCUGUAUAAUGUGUUGCUUGAAAGUUGUAUAAGGGAACGACGUGUAGAGUUCGUUUCGUGGCUGUAUAAAGAUAUGGUUUUGUGUGGGAUUUCUCCAGAGACUUAUACGUUUAAUCUCUUGAUACGUGCUUUGUGUGAUUCAAGUUGUGUUGAUGCUGCUCGAGAGUUGUUCGACGAAAUGCCUGAGAAAGGUUGUAAGCCAAAUGAGUUUACUUUUGGGAUUUUGGUUCGUGGGUAUUGUAAAGCUGGUUUGACUGAUAAAGGAUUGGAGUUGUUGAAUUCAAUGGAGAGUUUUGGGGUUUUGCCUAAUAAAGUUGUGUAUAACACCAUUGUUUCGAGUUUCUGUAGAGAAGGUAGGAAUGAUGAUUCUGAAAAGCUGGUGGAGAAGAUGCGGGAGGAAGGUUUGGUUCCUGAUAUUGUAACUUUCAACUCUAGGAUAUCAGCUCUUUGUAAAGAAGGAAAGGUUUUGGACGCGUCUAGAAUUUUCAGUGAUAUGGAGCUAGAUGAGUAUCUGGGUCUUCCUCGUCCCAAUAGUAUAACGUAUAACUUGAUGUUGAAAGGUUUCUGCAAGGUAGGGUUGCUGGAGGAUGCCAAGACCCUCUUUGAGUCGAUUAGAGAAAAUGAUGAUCUCGUUAGCUUGCAGAGUUACAAUAUUUGGCUGCAGGGUUUGGUCAGACAUGGGAAGUUUAUAGAGGCGGAAACAGUCCUAAAGCAAAUGAUUGAUAAGGGAAUAGGGCCAAGUAUUUAUUCUUACAAUAUCUUGAUGGAUGGAUUGUGUAAAUUGGGCAUGCUAUCCGAUGCAAAAACUAUCGUUGGUUUGAUGAAAAGAAAUGGUGUUUCCCCGGAUGCUGUAACUUAUGGCUGCCUCCUACAUGGUUAUUGCAGUGUUGGGAAAGUCGAUGCAGCUAAAAGCUUGUUGCAGGAGAUGAUGAGGAAUAAUUGCUUACCAAAUGCUUAUACUUGCAAUAUUCUGCUCCAUAGCCUUUGGAAUAUGGGGAGAAUAUCUGAAGCGGAAGAGUUGCUGCGAAAGAUGAAUGAAAAAGGUUAUGGACUAGAUACUGUCACCUGCAACAUUAUCGUUGACGGACUCUGUGGAAGUGGGGAAUUAGAUAAAGCUAUUGAGAUAGUUAAGGGAAUGCGGGUGCAUGGAAGCGCUGCUCUUGGUAACCUAGGCAAUUCAUAUAUCGGCCUGGUGGAUGAUAGCUUGAUCGAGAAUAAUUGUUUGCCUGACCUGAUCACGUAUUCAACUUUACUUAAUGGUUUGUGCAAAGCUGGAAGGUUUGCUGAAGCCAAAACAUUGUUUGCCGAGAUGAUGGGAGAAAAACUGCAACCAGACUCUCUCGCAUAUAACAUUUUCAUCCAUCAUUUCUGCAAACAGGGGAAAAUAUCAUCUGCAUUUCGCGUUCUCAAAGACAUGGAGAAGAAAGGUUGUCAUAAGAGCCUAGAGACUUAUAACUCUCUGAUCCUGGGCUUAGGCAUAAAAAACCAGAUUUUUGAAAUUCAUGGACUGAUGGAUGAGAUGAGAGAAAAAGGCAUUUCACCUAAUAUCUGCACCUACAAUACUGCAAUCCAGUAUCUUUGUGAGGGAGGAAAAGUUGAAGAUGCAACUAACCUCCUGGAUGAAAUGAUGCAAAAGAACAUAGCCCCAAAUGUAUUUUCCUUCAAAUAUUUAAUUGGAGCGUUCUGUAAGGUCCCUGAUUUUGACAUGGCCCAAGAAGUGUUUGAGACUGCUGUAAGUAUCUGUGGACAAAAGGAAGGCCUGUACAGCUUGAUGUUCAAUGAGUUGCUUGCUGCAGGGCAACUAUUAAAGGCUACGGAGUUGCUUGAAGCUGUUUUAGAUAGAGGGUUUGAGUUGGGGACUUUUCUUUAUAAAGAUCUUGUUGUGAGCUUGUGUAAGAAGGAUGAGCUAGAAGUAGCUAGUGGAAUUUUGCAUAAGAUGAUAGACAAAGGAUAUGGGUUUGACCCUGCGGCAUUAAUGCCUGUGAUAGAUGGCUUAGGAAAGAUGGGAAACAAGAAAGAGGCAAAUAAUUUUGCUGAGAAGAUGAUGGAAAUGGCUUCGGUUGGUGAAGUAGCAAACAAAGUCGAUCCAAAUGCAACGGAUAUACACCAGAAAAAGCAUAAUAAGUAUAGUGGUAACAACUGGCAGAAUAUAUUACACAGAGAUGACGGUAGUGGAAUUGCGCUAAAGUCUCUGUCAAGGGUUAAAAAAGGAUGGGGUCAAGGGGAUAUAUCAAGCUUUCAGCCUCAGAGAGUUGACUACUUAGAUUACUGGGAGGACGAUGGUUAAGGAUAUUGCAUGACUCUGUUUUCUUUCUGAUGGGAAAGUUCAGAUGACGGUCAAGCAAGUUUUUGAGUGCAGCUCAUCAAGGAUGAUAGGUAAAGCUAUGCUGGUAGAAGCAGACAAGACUACAUGGCUGGACACAGAUAUGCUUAUAAGAACGAAGUUUCCAAGGGGUAUUCGAAGGAAACAUUGCCUUCAGGGUGUGUGCAUUGAAGUCAAAGAAAGAGAUGACAUUGGUGGGUAAACAUAAGAGCUGCCUGCUUUAAUCAUGAAUUUGAAGCCAACUUUGAAUUUUGGGUGGGAGGAACACAAUCUACAUUAUUGAAGAAAAUGUAAGCUACUACUAUUCUUGUGCUUUUCGUCUGCACUUUUUCUGGUUCUAGAACAAUAGGAGUUCGUAGUGGGGAUAUACAAAGCGCUAAUUUGUUAAAACGUGGAAGACCACAAAAUGUUUAGCUAACUUAGCUCCUUUAUUGAAAAUUGUUUUCUUCUGAAACAUAGUCAUACAUAAAUGUUUUUCCUGUUUUUACCA